UGUAAUCUUUAUAGAAAGGUUAAACAAUUGCGACAUUUCCAAUUUUUUUUUCACAGUUAUGGCACGACACGCGACAUCUCCUCCAGUAACAAUUUUUACCAAUCAUAAUUUGCGGACUUAAUAUCAACGUCCUUCAAUACAAAUUAACAAUAAAUAUAAUUAUAAAGAUGGGAGGUAGAAUACAUGGAUUUUUAGGAGGAGUUCUUCUAACCUCGGCAUUUGCUUAUUACACAGGAGAAUAUUUCAAGAAGAAUUCUACAUUUAUAUCGCAUCAACUUCAAAUUAGUGAUAAUGUUAUAAACAAUAGAAUAUUAACUAAUAAAGAUUUAUUAAAGGAACUUGAACCAAAAAGUUCACAUAUUAGUACUACUGAUCGUGUGAAUUUUUCAGAAACUUCCAAACAUAUUUGGAAUGAUGAAAUCAUUACUAUGGUUAAUUGGGUAUAUUCAAUAAAUUGGUAUCAAUGGGGUCUUACUGUAGAUAAGAAAUUCAAUCAAUUACUUGAUAAAGUUGCCUUUAGUGGAGUUGAAAAGAAAUAGAGGAUCAUCACUGUAUAUUAUUAGGACUUAUUUAAGUAGCAUUUAUUAUUAUAAAACUUUGCAUACAAAACUAUACUAU